UGCAGGGACCACUGUGAAAAAGGAGACUGACAAAGCAGAAACAAGACGUGCCGAGGAUGAACAUCACGCUGGUAACAGAACUAAGGCCGCAAAAAUGGAAGGAUCGGGGAAAAAUCUGGCAACUGGCGUGCCAGUGGAAAGGCCAAGCUCAUCGCAGAGAGAAACGACAGCGGAAGAGGAUCCACAUAAAAUUACAGAAGUAUUUGCGCGAUACACCGAUAUCCAGCUGCGCGGAGUUACGGAAAGCUACCAGGAACAAUUGGAGUCGACAAUUGAAGAUGUCGUAGAGCACAUUAUUGAGUCGCUCAUCAGUAAAUGGCGGACGUCAGGAAUAAACCAUGAGGAAAUCAGAGCGUUGAUCAGAAAAAAUCAAAGAAGCGAUGCCUCGCAAUACAUUUUGGAAUCAGUACUUGGUGGAGAUACUGGGAGCUGUAGAAUAUUUUGGAAUGUACUUGCGGAAUUGCAAAUAAACCCGCAAUAUCUGAUGAAGUUGUUGACACAGGAUGUCGAGAUAGAUGUGAAACGUCGACACAGAUAUAACCUCCGAAAUCAGACCAGGAAACUGUACUUACCCAAGCCACUUUUAAUUUCUGACAUCUACAUUGAGCCAACGAUUACCGAGAUGCAAGGUGAACAAGGAGACUUAACAGGAGAAUCUAAUACGCAUAUUCGCGAAGCUGAGCACCAUGAAUUACUCAAACGAAGCAACAGCGAUUCUGAUCAGUCAAUGAUCUCCGUCGUCUAUGGAGCUGCAGGAACUGGGAAAACGACCCUGAUUCAGAAGUUAAUCUAUGACUGGGCGACCGGAAUGAAACAUGAAGAGUUCAGUUUUGUCCUUCGUUUGAAAAUCCAGAAAUUAAAAGAAAUAAAAAGUUGCAUAACUUUCAGUAGAUUGAUAGUUGACUCAUAUCCGUACUUGGAAAAUUACUUGGAUCAUCUAUGGAAUGACCCCAAAAGGUUAUUGUUUAUAUUUGAUGAUCUGGACCAAUUGUAUCGACUGUCCACUCUCUCUGAUACUGGUAGAAAGAACGAUCCACGAUACAGAUGUACGGACACAGAGUCUGAAUAUUUAGUAUGCGAUAUCGUACGCUGCCUCUUACAGGGCGAAUUUCUGAGAGGUUGCUCAAUGCUGAUCACAACCCGAGAUUGGAAUCUGGAACUUCUCCAUCACGUUGCAGCAGAUUCGACUUUCCAAGUUAUGGGAUUCACUUUUGAGAAAGCAAAAGAAUAUUUUCGCCGUUAUCUCGGCAAUGGGAAGAAUGCAAAUGAAAUUGUCGACUUCAUUGAGCAGAAUGACUUAUUGCGGAACAUGUGCAGUGACCCUCUGUUUUGUGUCACACUCGCCUCGUCACUGGAGUCUUUCCAGGCACAAGGAAAAGGACAGACAACAAUCCCCAUUGUAAGCCAUACCCAGGUGCUCUCUGACUACGUUGCACAUCUCCUCGCAAACUGUGGUUAUGAUGGUAACACAAAUCGGAAGUAUUUAAGUGUAGUUGGCGAACUGGCAGACAAGGGAAUUAGACAAAACACACUUUCGUUCGAAGGCGACGCAUUAAAAGAUCUGGAUUCCUGUCCUCCCGCGUUUAUCUCUGCGUUCCUGUACCAGGAUCCAGACAAACAGAGGGGCAGUGUUAUUUACGAAUUCAGGCACUCUGUUUUCCGAGACUUCCUUGCUGCACUUACCAAUGUUCUAAAUACUCCAAUAUCUCGACUGAAACGGAUGCUCGAUGAAAUGUUUUCAGAAAUUACAGGGAGAUUCGGUAUAUUUUCUAUUUUUCUUGUCGGUCUCUCUUCUCGGAAGUCAACUGAUCGCCUGGAAUUGGAGCUGCAUGCAUUCCCUACUGAAGUUACUUCCUGUAUCACCGAAUGGCUCACACAAAGUGUCAGCAGACGUGUGAAGGACAUGGACAGAAAGCAGACUCAACGAAUGUUUCUAUGCAUAGUGCACUGCCUAUUUGAAUUUGGAGACAAUGAAAUAACGAAGGAAGUGCUGACACCCAUUACAACCAUUAAAUUAAAUCAACUUCGUCUCAAAUCUCCGGACUAUAUUGUUUUAUCCAGAACUUUAAUCUCACCUGAAGUGAUUCAAGAACUGGACCUCAGUUCGUGUUUUGCACAACCAGAGGAAAUUCGGAAACUGGAGCAAGUGCUGCCCAGAUGUGUAAUUCUCAGAUUGAACCAGAAUAACCUACGAGAUUCUGGAGUGAAGCGCCUCUUCGAUGUUCUGAAGAAGAGUAAAAUAAGAACGCUGGCGCUGAAAUCUAACAAUCUGACCGACAAUUGUCUGGAGAGUGUCUUCUUUGCUCUCACCACAAAUCCUUCACUGAUGCAGCUGAACCUGAGCAAUUCCAGUCAGGACUGGAAUCAGGCCAAUCAAUUCACUGAUGAAAAACUGCAGUAUCAUUAUAAGAGAUCCGCUCAGCAGAAGGAAAUCAACAGAGAUCAGCCUCGGAUGACAAGGGCGCAGGAUAACCUUGGAAGAAUCGACGCCAUGAGCACUGUGAGCGCCGUGGGUGGAGACUCCGACCUUUGGAAUAAUGAAUACCUCCGAGUUCGAUCGCUGAUGUUUGCAGAAGCUAACAGGGCACAAUCGGAAAGCAGCUGUGUUUAA